AGGUGCAGGUUUCAUAUAUAAGCAGAGGUCUGUCGAAUGUCCUCAUUUAGGCAGCGAGGUGUGUGUGUGUGUGUGUGUGUGUGUGUGAUCGCUGGGUGGAGCAGCAGUGUACGGCGGGUCUCGUCUCUCUUCUCUCUCGGUUGAGCGGCUCAUUGCGGCGGCUGGAGAUCCAUCGAGCGGCGGCGGCGGAACGUCUCCAGCGUCCGUGUGCGUGAAGCAGGUGGAGGUGGAGGAGGAGGAGGAUGAUGGAGGAAUCCGACAGCAUCCCGUGCACCGCGGAGGACGGACUCCUGUCGAGCUGGAGAUGGAACAGAACCGCCAGGGAUCAGGUCCAGAUCAAGCAGAAGAUCCGAGAUCUGCCCGGAUUGUUAAAGCACGGACUGAACCUGCGCAAAAAGAGCCAGUCACCUGACACCAUCCCAGGACCCAGCGCGGGCGUCACACCCAAACCCAAGACAUGUUCUCAGAGUUUUCCCUGCGCUGGACGUGCAUUGAGAAAUGCCUUUCUGUCUCAUGGACCGUAUCCAGCAAAAGACAAGAUCCACCUCGCCAGGAUUAUCAGGAGGAGUUAUGUCGGUGUGGAGCUGGUCCAGUGGCUCCUGGAGCAGUGUGUGUCGGUUCAGUGCAGGUUAAUGGCGUCUCGUGUCUGGCAGGUGCUGCUGGAGCUGGGAAUACUGCACUCAGUCGACCAGCGGCUGGUGUUUGAAGACUCCAACACAUAUUAUCAGUUCUCGUUCGAGGAGUGCGACGCUCAGGGCUGUGAGUUUCGCAACGAGGAGGAAUGGCAGAACGGCGUCCGUCUUCUGCUGCAGCUCGUCCCCUACGUCCAGUUCAGGGUCGUCAGCCCACCCGAGGAAGACCCAGACAGGAAGCGUGAUAUCUGCAGCGAGAUCCUGCAGAUGAAGGCUCUGGAGAGACUCACAUCCACGGUGCAGAAUGAACUUGCUGCUGCUCUCGCAAGAAAAGCCAAGAAGUCGAUGUCAGAAGAUGAAAGUUCAGAGGCAUCAGACGUUUCUCCACAAGAACCACCGAAGCCCACUGAAGACAAAAGCAAGCAGGCUGGCGUCUGUGCUCUCCGGGCUCCGGAUGACUUGGUCCAGCGGCUGGCCAAAGACGGCUAUCGCUUCCUCCAGAACCAGAACUACCGGCUCCCGGACCGCUCCGCUCAGGCGCAGGGCGAGAGCAUCGUGCGCGUCAGUCUGAAGGAGAGGGGUCAAGACGUACUGGUUCUCCAGAGAGUCCCAUCAGAUCCCGUGUCUCCACAAACGGCCGGAGUCAAAGACGAGGACGGAGAUAAGAGGUGAGGCCACGCCCCCUUGGCUAGCCCCUCCCCUUUAUUUACAUAUCCUUAAGCACCAUCCCUCCACCAAUCAGUCUCUCUCUCUUGAACA